AUGGAAACAGUUGUAAUUUUGACAUGUCCCAGAAUCGUUUUACAAGGAGCAUUGUUUUUCAAUGUCAUCAGAGAGUUCACACAGGAGAAAAGCCUUAUAAGUGCAGUGAAUGUGGAAAAUCUUUUACCAGCAAAAAUUACCUUCAUUGUCAUCAGAGAGUUCACACAGGAGAAAAGCCUUAUAAAUGCAGUGAAUGUGGUAAGUCUUUUGCAAGGAGCAUUGUUUUUCAAUAUCAUCAGAGAAUUCACACAGGAGAAAAGCCUUAUAAGUGCAGUGAAUGUUCGAAAUCAUUUACUGGUAGAACUAGUCUCCAGUAUCAUCAGAGAGUUCACAGAGGAGAAAAACCUUAUCAAUGCAGUGAAUGUGGGAAAACUUUUACCAAUAAUAACAACCUUCAUAGGCAUCAGAGAGUUCACAGAGGAGAAAAGCCUUAUCAAUGCAGUGAAUGUGGAAAGUCUUUUACGGGUAUCAGUGUCCUCAAAUAUCAUCAGAGAGUUCACACAGGAGAAAAGCCUUAUAAGUGCAAUGAAUGUUCGAAGUCGUUUACUAGUAGAAUUGGUCUCCAAUAUCAUCAGAGAGUUCACAGAGGAGAAAAGCCUUAUCAAUGCAGUGAAUGUGGGAAAACUUUUACCAAUAACAGCAACCUUCAUAGUCAUCAGAGAGUUCACACUGGAGAAAAUCUUUGUCAAUGCACUGAAUGUGGAAAGUCUUUUGCCAGUAGCACUAGUCUCAAAUAUCAUCAGAGAGUUCACACAGGAGAAAAGCCUUAUCAGUGCAGUGAAUGUGGGAAAUAUUUUGUUCGUAGUACUAGUCUUCAUGCUCAUCAGAGAGUUCACACCGCAGAGAAGCCUUAUAAAUGCAGUCAUUGUGGGAAAUGUUUUAGCUGGAGCAGUAGCCUUCAUACUCAUCAGAGAGUUCACACUGGAGAAAAGUAUCAAUGCAAUGAAUGUGGCAAAUCUUUUAGAAGUAGAAAUGGUCUUAAAUAUCAUAAUGCAGCUCACAGUGGAGAAAGUCGUGAUGAGUGCAAUUAAUGGGUGA